AACCAGAUGAAAAAGCCCUUCAGCAAUACUCCUAAACAAGCUGGGGCUACUGAACUCAGGAACACAGCAAGUACCCUGAGCCAGAAGUACAAACACAAGGAGGCUCCUACCAGAUUCAUUUUAUUUAUUCGAUGAAGUUAUAUUUGAAAUAUGGCUCACAGUGACUUCCUCUACCCAGAUAACCCAAGGAGAAGGCAAGAAGUCAACCGUCUUCACCAGCAGCUUCUUGACUGCUUAUCUGAUAGCUUCAAUGCCACCAAUAAGCUCAUUGGGGUUUUAAACACGCACUUGCGGUGCAGCCUGGCCUCCAUUGAGAUGAAAAGAGAUGGGACCAUCAAGGAAAACUGUGAUAUCAUCAUCCAAGCCAUGAUGGAAAUCCAAAAAGAAUUGCAAAAGGUUGAUGAAGCACUGAAAGAUAAACUAGAGCCAACCCUUUACAGAAAACUUCAGGAUAUUAAAGAAAGGGAAACAGAGAAAAUUGCAAUAGUACAAAAGGUCAUUUCAGUCAUCCUGGGAGAAGCUACUUCUGCAGCCAGUGCAGUGGCUGUCAAACUUGUGGGCUCAAAUGUCACAACUGGCAUAAUUAACAAGUUGGUCACCGUGUUAGCUCAAAUUGGCGCUUCUCUCCUUGGUAGUAUAGGGGUUGCUGUUCUUGGCCUUGGCAUAGAUAUGAUUUUCCGUGCUAUCCUGGGAGCAGUGGAGAAAACACAGCUUCAAGCAGCCAUUAAAAGUUAUGAGAAGCAUCUGGUGGAAUUCAAGUCAGCUUCAGAAAAAUAUCAUCAUGCCAUUACCGAAGUCACCAACAUAGUGAAACACCAAAUGAAAUAA